AUGAGCUGCGGUUCCGCGACCACUCUUGACUUCCCGGCCUUCCCUUCCGCAUUCCCUUCUGCAGAAUUCACUCUUGAGUUUCCCGCCUUCUCUUCCGCGUUCCAUUGUCCUUUCCCUUCCUCCUUCCCUUCCGCGGAAGGGGUUGGUGCCAUCCCUUGCGAGUACCCUUCCGUCUCCGCGUCUCCUUUCGCUGGAGGUGACCCCAGCGAAACCCAACUGUCUGUUGCCGCGCAAGUCAGCGCAAACGGCGGAGAUCCGUUUCCCAGCGAGUUUAUCAGCCGUUUCCCAGCAGUUGGUGACGGCGGAGCCGCCAGUGGUACCACGACAGCCAACGUGGCGCUUGAGGAUUGGUGCAACGAGGUAGCGGCAUCAAUGGUUCAAACGGCGGCUCCAAGGGUGCUGGGCCGGAAGCAGCGGCAGCGGCUGAUGAGGCAGUGCAUCUGUGCUUUCCUUCCCUUUCCGCCCAGCCUCGUGCCUCUUGCCUUUCCAACAGGGCAGAGUGCUGCUGACGUGGCAGUCACAGAGGAACUCAACGGCCACAUCGACAUCUUUCGGAUAAAGAAGGAAACACAGGUGAUGGGGCUCAGCUUUCUUCCCUCUUGCUUCUUCCCACCCCACCCCUCUCCCCUCCUCCCCUCUUCCCCCCCCCUCCUCCAGCACGUGCACGUGGCAAUGGAGCUCUGUGAGGGGGGAGACCUGUUUGACCGCGUUGCCUCGCACGGAAGGCUCUCCGAACCUUCUGCAGCGCGCAUCUUCCGAUCGCUCAUGCUGGCCUUGCAGCACUGCCACUCGCACACCAUCGUGCACCGCGACGUCAAACCCGAAAUCAUCCUUCUAUCGAAUCGCGCUAUUAACAAGGAUAAUGUUAAUGGCUCAGCAGAAGCAAGGGAGGUGCAAGUGGGGGAGGUGCAAGCAGGGGAGGUGCAAGUGGGGGAGGUGCAAGCAGGGGAGGUGCAAGUGGGGGAGGUGCAAGCAGGGGAGGUGCAAGCAAGGGAGGCGCAAGUGGGGGAGGUGCAAGUGGGGGAGGCAAAAGUGGGGGAGGUGAAAGUGGGGGAGGCGAAAGUGGGGGAGGCGAAAGUGGGGGAGGCGAAAGUGGGGGAGGCGAAAGUGGGGGAGACGAAAAUGGGGGAGGUACGAGCGGGGGAGCUGAUGAUGCGGCCAGUGGAGGACUUUCGGUCGCGAGCGUGCUUGAGGGUGUUCCAGACUCCCAGGGGCCAUGUUCAAGAAGUGUACCCUGGACCCAAAACUCUGAAGUGUUAA